AUGUAUUCCGUAAACCUUCCCCAUCGGAUUGCUACUGCAAAUACUGUGGCAACUACAAAUACGUCCCUAAGUGAUGACGAAGGUAUUCCUGACUCCGAUAUGAGUGGUGCGACCAAUAUUCUGCUUGAAAGGCUUCAGGCCUGGAAACACAUGUGCGGAUAUUUAGAAAACUAUGUUACAACCAUGCAAAAAGUGCAACGGAGUCAGUCCAAGGAGUUUGAAAAAGUUUUGAAGACCGUGUCAGAGCCUCUCAAAGAAGCUCAUCAUUUCAAUCAGAGCAAAGACGGGGUGACUGGACUGUUCGACAAAUUACGGACUAAUACAGAAGGACUUGUGAACUUGCACCUUGAAACCGAGAAGAGCCUGAAAACUACUGUUCUCCCAAAACUGAAACGCCUUCGUCAUGGCAUCAAAUCCAAAGCCAAGGAAAUCCGUCACGGUGCCUCGAAAGGCUCCAAACAGGUUGAUAAGGCCCAUUCUACAACCCAGAAACAUAUCGAAAUGUUGGGUCAAUACACAGCAACUUUUGGCUCUGCCACCGGUGGGAAGCUAGACUCCUCCCAUGACCCUUACCUGUUAUGCAGAGGUACCAACUAUCGCCUCAACAAGCAGGUAACUGAAGAAAACAACCGCCUUCAUGAGAUGCUCCAGGUUCAGAAUUCGUUUUCGCAAUUUGAAGCCCAUAUUCUUGAAACCGUGCGAAAUGUACUCAUUCAAAUUUUCCAGUGCAUGGAUGCCCAAACAGCACAGCAGCGAGCAGCCUACGCAGACGUGGUCGGUGCAGCCCAAAAAUUCCAUCCGGGCUUCGAAUGGCUGGACUUUUACCUGCGCAAUGAAUCCUUGCUGCUCAACCCCAAUACUGCUCCCCGCAGCAUAUCCAAUGCUACGUUCCCGAACCAGGAUCACCAGGCCACCAAAGCUCUAAUUGAGGGCACACUUGAGCGGAAAUCCCGUGCAGUGAUCAGGGGCUAUAGUUAUGGCUAUUAUGCCGUCUCUCCAGCUGGUUACCUCCACGGAUUCAAGGACAAUGACGAUUAUCGCCAUGAUCCCACCCCCGAUAUCACUCUCUACCUCCCCGAAUGCACCGUCGGCCAUCUGGAUGGUGUCAAAUUCAGUGUCAAGGGUAAAGACGUCUCCGGUGGUAGGGUAUGCCAGGUCUUUGCCCCGUCGUCCGAACUUAGUUUUAAAGCCUACUCCAAGGACGAGGCUGAGAAGUGGUUCAGGGAAUCGGGAUCGGGGCCGGCCAGCCCGACAGCAAGCCCGACCGUGAGCAAGGUAACGAGGGAUGUUCACGAAAGUUUCCCUUUAGCUCAAACGUCCACAGAGGUGUCGCUUACAUCUCCAACACCACAGUCUCAGCAAAAGGAAGGGCUCAUGGCACCGCAAACUGAGGAAGUAGCAGCCGUUCCAACGCCGAAUCCGGAAAUUUCAUGA